AGACGACCCAGCUGAUGAUGGCUUCCGAGCACCAAAUGCCAGCCUCCAAGCAGCAGCAAGCCAGCUCCAAGAUUGCCAUCUUCGAGCAGGAGAACUUCCAGGGCCGCUGCCAUGAGCUCAGCGGGGCCUGCCCCAACCUGAAGGAAGCCGGCGUGGACAAAGUGGGCUCCAUCCUGGUGCACUCCGGACCCUGGGUGGGCUACGAGCAGGCAAGCUGCAAAGGGGAGCAGUUUGUGUUUGAGAAGGGGGAGUACCCCCGCUGGGACUCCUGGACCAACAGCCGGAGAAGCGACAGCAUCACUUCCCUGAGACCCAUCAAAGUGGACAGCCAGGAGCACAAGAUCGUGCUGUACGAAAACCCCAGCUUCACCGGCAAGAAGAUCGAAAUCAUCGACGACGAUGUGCCCAGCUUCCACGCACACGGCUACCAGGAGAAGGUCUCAUCCGUGCGGGUGCAGAGCGGCACGUGGGUGGGAUACCAGUACCCUGGCUACCGGGGCUACCAGUACCUGUUUGAAAAGGGGGACUACAAGGACAGCUCAGACUUCGGCGCUCAGCACCCCCAGAUCCAGUCGGUCAGGCGCAUCCGGGACAUGCAGUGGCACCAGCGCGGUGCCUACCACCCCACCAACUAGAGCCCCCGGCCCGUGCCGGGGCGCGGGGAGCGGAGCAAGCGUUCCCCCGGCCGCCGCUGUGCCCCCGCGGCCUCGCCUCCCGCCUCCCCCCGUGUGAUGCACGCGCUG